AUGACUGUCCUCCUGCCGCUGCUGCUGGGCCUCAGUCUGGGCUGCACCGGAGCAGGUGGCUUUGUGGCACACGUGGAAAGUACCUGUCUGUUGGAUGAUGAUGGGAAUCCAAAAGACUUCUCGUAUUGCAUCUCCUUCAACAAGGAUUUGCUGACCUGCUGGGAUCCCCUGCAGGCCAGUAUGGUUCCUCGUGAAUUUGGGGUGCUGAACAGCUUGGCCCAGUACCUCUCACAGUUCCUCAACAGUAACGAUGCCUUGAUCCAGCGCUUGUCCAAUGGUCUGCAGAAAUGUGCUGCGCACACCCAGCCCUUCUGGAGCUCUCUGACCCACAGGACACGACCGCCGAUCGUGCAGGUAGCCAAAACCACUCCUUUUAACACGAGGGAGUCUGUGAUGCUGGCCUGCUACGUGUGGGGCUUCUACCCAGCGGAUGUGAUCAUCACAUGGAGGAGGAACGAGCAGGAGGUCCUCCCUCACGGCAGGGCCCAGAAGAUCGUCCAGCCCAAUGGAGACUGGACGUACCAGACUGUCUCCCAUUUGGCCACAACCCCCUCUUUUGGGGACACCUACACGUGCGUGGUCGAGCACAUUGGGGCUCCUGAACUCAUCCUUCAGGACUGGACUCCUGGGCUGUCACCUGUGCAGACGGUGAAGGUUUCCGUGUCGCUGAUAACGCUCGUCCUGGGCCUCAUCAUCUUCGUUUUUGGUCUGUGCGGUUGGCGGAGAGCCACCUCCUCCGGCUACAUUUUCCUCCCGGGGUCCAAUUAUCCAGAAGGUAAUGUCUCU